GACGCUCUGAAGGUGUUGUUGACGGUUGCACUGUUCUGGGUAGAAACGAUGUCGAGGAUGAAUAGUGAUCAGCUGUAUCGCUCCACCCUGGGGAUUUACUCGAACUUGAUGGAUGAGUUCAACCCAAGCCUACAGAAACUGGUUUCACUGGGAAACAGCUAUAUCCAAGCUUUCAAGGGUAUUACUGUAACGAGUGAGGCCUACUUCAGUGCACUUUCAAAAAUCGGAGAAACGGCUUUCCACACCGUGUCCUCGCGCUCCCUAGGAGACGUCCUGAUCCAGAUCUCUGAGAGCCAGAGGAGACUCACCAUGGAGCUGGAUGGAGUGUUCCGCUGGUUCAGUGUGGAGGUUCUUCAGGAGAUGGACAACAACAUUAGACUCGACAAAGAUUACAUAUCAAGCAGCAGGAAUCACUACGAGGUGGAAGUCCACAACCAGACAGCAGCUCUGGAGAGACAUCUGAGGAGAGGAACCAACCAGGACUGCAGUCAGUAUGUGCAGUUCCUCAGGGAGAGCCACGGAGAGGCUCUGAAGGAGGAGGAGAGGAGAUAUCGCUUCCUGGCUGAGAAACACAGUGGACUGAUACAGACCAUCGCCCGCCUCAUGAAUAAGACGGGGGAUUCUCUCCAGCAGAGAGCUGAUGUCUGGACAAAGGAGGUGAACGUCACCAGACAACCUGAAGCCAGAGGUCCCGCCCCUCUGGACAACACUGCGGGGAUAAAGAGGGAGGAGAUUGGAAAGAGCAGAGAGGAGCCGCCCCUCGGGAAAAUACCAUCAAGGGCCCCGUCUCCCCAGGGAAGCAUGUUUCGCUCUGCUGUAGACUCGGCGGGAGGUGGCGGUGGAGGAAGAUCCAUGAGGGCCCUGGUUGCCCACCAACCUGCCGGCUCCAGCCCCACCUUGCUGCCCUUCACCAGGGGAGAGAUGAUCACCGUGCUGGUCCAACAGCCCAGGAACGGCUGGCUGUACGGCCGAGCCGACAGCAGCUCGCGUCAGGGAUGGUUUCCCGCCUCAUACGUGGAGCCAGUGGACGAACCUCCGAGGUCAAGCAGCUCCAGUUUCAGCAGCUCGUCCCUGCGAGGCGGCAGCAGCUCCAGCAACCUGUUCACCCAAAUGGGAAGCAGCAGCCUGAGCGGCGCCGGAUCCCCUCCCCCUCCGCCCCCUCCGCCGCCGCCACCGUCGUCUUCUCUGUCUUCAAAUAAACACUUCGAGAUGCCGCCGCUCGCACCCACCCCCGACAGACGGGUGGAGUCUACCUCGGAAAACAAGAGAUCACAACCACACGGAUCCCAACCAGAGCUCUUCCCGAGGGGCACCAACCCGUUCGCGACGGUGAAGCUGAAGCCCACGUCCACCGAUGACAGAUCGGCCCCGCGUCUCUAUCGCAGAUGACGUCUUAACCCGGAAAACAGAUCAUCCUUGUCCUUGGCUGCACAUCUGGUCAAAAGCUGAGUAAGUGGACCUUUAAAGGAGGUGGUUUUUGUCGGUAAAAACUGUGACACAGAGUGUGACUGCACAGAUUCACACGAAAUAAGA